AUGGGUGGCGUGGCAAAGGAUAGAGAUUGGUUCGUGGAAAAGGAUAGAAUCGGUGUGCCGACGUGGAAAGAAGUGCGGUCAAGGAUAAGCAUUGCGAGGCUGACGUGGCCGAGGAUCGACGUCAAGGUGCUGAGAUUGUCAUUUCCAGAGGAAAACAAUGGCAGCCUAAAGAAAAUUCCGAAACUGGAUGAUCCUUCUCAAUAUUCCCGGUUAGGGCUUGUGAGCAUACCGCAAGAGAUCAUAGACACCCAUGAGCUGCAGACGAUUACUUUUGAUCACCGGCGAGAAUGCCAGUACAAUGAUAUUGUGGAUUCGCUUGUAAGUCCAGAAUUUUCAGAUGAUGGUAGCACAAAUGGGGCUGUUGACUCCGACCCCCAUUUGAAUGAUCAAGAUCUACAGGAAUUCUUGCACUUGUUGAGAUUGUCGGGAAGUGGCCUCAAGAUAAAUGGAGGCAGGACAGUGGAGGAAGCUGGCUCGCUGAUGUUUUGGAUUAUGUACUCUAGCUCUCAGCAAAUAAAGAAUAGAGUUAAGCUUGUCGAGUUAUACUGGCAACUACUUUAA